UUAUAAUUUUUCUCCGGAGUUGUUUUCAAAAUUGACUAAUUUUUUGUGAAAUUCAGUGGGCAAAUUGACUUAUUUUUUGUUCACACAUGGAAGUGGAACAAUCAGAUCUCAGCGAAACUCGAAUCAGAUGCUAAAAUCAAAUCCUUUGAAUGGCAUGGAAUUGAUGAUUCCUUCUUCAUCCACCAUUGGAAACUCAGCUCUGUGUUUAACCCUAAUCUCCAUUCUCAUCUUCUUCUUCUUCCUCACUACACCCACCAUUCCCACUUUCCCGGAUCAUCAUCAUCAUCUUCGUUCUCUUCUCGAAGAUUCCACCACUACGAACACUAGUAGCUCAAUCCUUGACCCAGAUUCCUCUUGUUUCUCCUCGAGAUCCCACGAUAAUGGCGGCGGCGGAAUCAUCAACUACUUCUCCCUUCAUUACUGCAUCUUCAACCAAAACCUAUUCUUCACGAUCCCAAUCUUGUCUUUUUUCAUUCUUCUACAGUUCUACAUACUCAUCAAAACCGCUCAGACUCACUUCUCAACCGUCACUACUAAGCUCGCCGAUCGGCUCAACCUCUCUCCCAGUAUGGCCGCUGUGACUCUUUUAGCUUUAGGUAACGGCGCACCUGACGUGUUUGCCUCUGUUGCUGCUUUGCGUGGUGGUCAGUAUCGUACCGGGUUCGGAGCUAUCUUAUCUGCUGGCACUUUCGUCUCCGCGUUUGUCGUUGGGUUUGUUGCGAUCUACGCGGCGCCGUUUCCUGUGGAUGCUGCUUCUUUCGUUAGGGAUGUGCUUUUUUACUUGAUCGCUGCUUCCUUCUUGUUUUAUGUCUACUUGAGUGGGGAGAUAUUUGUGUGGCAAGCUGUAGGGUUCGUUGGGUUUUACGUUUUCUUUGUUGGUUUUGUCUUCUGGAUGGAUUUUGGUACCAAUGUUGAUAAAGGGAGAAUAAUUAGUGAGGAAGAGAAGGAUUUGUUGAGAGUUAGUGAUUGUGAGAUUGCUUCAGGUCCUUUUGAGAGUUAUAAAGCAGAGAAAGAACAUCUCUUUUCAGGAAUCUUUCGUCUUUAUGGAAUGAUCUCAAGGAUGUGGGAAACUCCUGUAUCAGUUCUUUUGAGCCUUACCAUCCCAAAGCCUUCUCCUUCUGAAUGGUCUAGGUUUUAUCGUUCUGCCAACAUUGUUUUCUGUCCUCUUGCCCUUUUAUACUCUUGCAACUCUUUUGUACCACUAAACCACCCAAUUUCGUUCCUCUUUCCAAACACUCAUCUCCCGCUUUGGCUUGUUGUCCUCUUGAUGACGUCUUCCCUAGCGUUCCUUCACUUCACAGUUGAAAAGCAACCACCAAAAACCGAGCAACUGCCGGUGAUCGUUGUAGCUUUCAUAAUGAGUGUUUUCUGGAUAUCGACAAUUGCUGGUGAGCUUCUGAACUGCUUGGCUGCACUUGGAACCCUCCUUAAACUGCCUCCGGCACUCCUCGGCCUAACUGUUCUUGCUUGGGGAAAUUCGGUCGGUGACCUUGUUGCUGAUGUGGCAGUUGCAAAGGCGGGUAGACCAGCAAUGGCUAUGGCUGGUUGCUUUGCUGGUCCAAUGUUUAACAUGCUUGUUGGACUUGGAUCGGCCUUGGUGAUGCAAACAGCUAAUGUGUAUCCAAACGCUUACGAACUUGGAUUCCAUAUAGGUAUUGUGAUCGCUUUCGUAUUCUUGUUGCUUAGUUUGAUGGGAUCUCUGCUGGUAAUAACCUGGUCUAGAUUCCGAGUUCCGAGAUUCUGGGGGAUCUGUCUUGUUGGACUGUAUGUUGUUUUCACGUUUGUUAGUUUAAUCAUCGCCAGCUUCUCAACAUGAUCAUAUGCUGCAUAAAGUCUGCGGAGUGAAUAAUCUUGGGUCAACGAGAGUUUCAGACUUUCAGUGUUGAGGAAUAUUUGUUAGUUGGCAAAAUUUUGAGUUGAGCCAAUAUUGGUCACAGGUAAUCUCCGAAUCUCACAACACUUGUGAUCAUCGGUGAGGCAGAUGAGGAGAGUUUGAUAGAUAGGUGAUGGUAAAAUACAUGUGAAGAGCAAAAGGAUAUGCUGAUCUUUUUGGGAGGAGAUUUUGGAAUUCCCCAUAUCAGGUUUAUAUUGAUUGUACGUACUGGUCUUGUUUCAUUGGGUCUGGUAUAUGUAUGUAUAAACCACACAUUUGUAAUUCUUUUGAUAGUAAUGAGAAAUAAUAAUACCUUCCAGGGGUUUCUCACC